GUUGGUGGCUCGUAAGUGAUUAGUGGAGUCUAUGUUUUCCAUAUGUCACCAAAACAUUAUUUUUCUCCAGUCAUCUCUUCCUCUUUACAUCAUCUCAACUUUCCUCUCCAUUAGGCCUCCUCCAUGCCAUGGCCUCCUCCUCCUCCUCCUCCUCUAAGCACUGCAAGAAAAACGACUCCUUCAAUGGCUGCUCCAACCCCACCAAGAAACCAAGAUUUUCUUUCAUUUCUGACUCUGAAAUCCAAUCAGAGUUCUCCCACCAUGACCAAACCAUCUCUCGGAUUAACAACGGCAGCUUUGGCAGCUGUCCUCAAUCUGUUAUCUCUGCCCAGCAAAGCUUCCAGCUCCAGUUCCUCCGCCAGCCUGAUCACUUCUACUUCAACACCCUCAAAUCUUCUAUCCUUCAUUCACGUUCCAUCAUCAAAUCUUUGGUAAACGCUCGGUCUGUUGAUGAAAUCUCCCUUGUGGACAAUGCCACCACUGCUGUUGCCAUUGUUUUACAGAACUGUGCAUGGGGUUUUACUGAAGGGAGAUUUAACAAAGGAGAUGUUGCCGUCAUGUUGCAUUAUGCUUAUGGUGCUGUAAAAAAGUCUGUUCAGGCUUAUGUGACGCGUGCUGGAGGGGAAGUUAUUGAGGUACAGUUGCCUUUCCCUGUUACAUCAAAGGAAGAGAUCGUGAGUGAAUUUAGAAAGGCUUUAGAGAGAGGGAAAGAAAAUGGGAAGAAGAAAGUUAGGUUGGCUGUGAUUGAUCAUGUUACUUCAAUGCCUAGUGUUGUUAUUCCUGUUAAAGAAUUAGUUAAGAUUUGUAGAGAGGAAGGUGUUGAUCAGGUUUUUGUUGAUGCUGCUCAUGGAAUUGGGUGUGUUGAUGUUGAUGUGAGAGAUAUUGGGGCUGAUUUUUAUACUAGUAAUUUGCAUAAGUGGUUUUUUUGCCCUCCUUCUAUUGCAUUUUUGUAUUGCAUGAAGAGAGGAGAGGAGGGCAAUGGGGGUGAUCUGCAUCAUCCUGUCGUUGAUCUGCAUCAUCCUGUCGUGUCUCAUGAGUAUGGUAAUGGAUUGGCUGUAGAGAGUGCUUGGAUUGGGACUAGGGAUUAUAGUGCUCAAUUGGUUGUUCCAGCGGUUUUGGAGUUUAUUAAUAGGUUUGAAGGUGGGAUUGACAGAAUUAAGGAGAGGAAUCAUGAAAAAGUUGUGGAGAUGGGGGAGAUGUUGGUGAAAGCUUGGGGGACUAAUCUUGGAUCUCCGCCGGAGAUGUGUGGGAGUAUGAUUAUGGUUGGAUUGCCUGCUUGUUUGGGGAUUUCGAGCGAGUCGGAUUCUUUGAAGUUAAGGACACAUUUGAGAGAGCAUUUCCAGGUUGAAGUUCCUAUUUAUUUUGGAGCUCCGCUUGAUGGAGAAGUUGGUUCAGUUACUGGCUAUGCUCGGAUUUCUCAUCAAGUUUACAACAAGGUUGAGGAUUAUUACAGGUUUAGGGAUGCAGUUGACCAACUGAUCAGUGAUGGCUUCACUUGUGCAUCUCUCUCUGAUUGAAAAGUAUAGCGAACAUGAAGAGGAUUAUGCAUAGAGGAACAUGGGUUGAUAGAGUGUUAUGCCUUCCUUCUGUCAUAAUGACGAUGAUUCGAGUUUAUGGCUGUCAAAUUUCGUGCUGUCAACAUAUAUUCAAUUUACUGUUAAUCUGUAGUUAGCCAAUAUCAAAAAAUAGUCACUGUGGUUACAUUUUACCCGCUGUGGAGAUUGUUUGUGUACGAUGGAAUACAGGUGGUUUCUUCCUCAUAUUGGUGAAAAUCAUUUCAGCUGUUACUUAAAUCAAAGUGACCUCCUUGCAUUGUCUCUGCCCUGAUUGCAUUUACAAUUGCAAGUACUGACAUUAAUGAUGAAUGUAAGCGUAAUAAUGGAAUGUCCCUUAAAUCGAUCACAUCCCUAGAAUAUGUCAUGGUACAGCGUUUUUAGAGGGAGGAUCAUUUUUUGCUUGCCAUCGCCAAUAUACUCAGCCGGUUCUGUUGUUGUCCACUCAUGAUAACACUGUGGAGUAAUGCCUUGUUCAGAUUUUCUGGUGAUAGAUUCAGUAGUGAAACUUUUUAUA